AUGCGCUCUCAGAAGAUAAUACAGCUGUCACCUUCCGACACAAGGCCACCAGAUAUUCCCGAAGACACGGAACCACCACGAGAAUCAGCUCCCACCAGAAGCCACACGCCAGGACACUUAUCCACGAAGAGUCAAGACCGGCGGAAGAAGGCAUCUGAGUUGGCACUGCGUCAACGCUCUCAAUCAGUGUCUCAGAAAGAAUCCUCGUCAUCCUCUGCCUCGAAAUCGCCGAAACCACCCUCAUCAUCACACAGCAAUGGCAGCAGCGCGUCAAGACCCGACAAUCCCCUCUCUCCUCCUGUUUCGAAUCACUCGGCGCCGCCGUCUGCCUCUCUAUCAGUCUCUAGUGCGACCACCCCACGCCCGUUGAACCUCCGUUCCACGUCCGCAAUCGCUUCCAAGCCCAGCACAGCAGGGAGCUCCUCCUCCGCUCCUCCAAAAAGCACCCCGUCAGCCCAGCGAGCUGCACGAGGACCACAUAUACCGUUUCCCCCCUUACCAGAUCCAAAGACAGCCCCAGAUGUCCAACCCGCGCCAGCAAGUGGCAUGUACUGGUCUCGUGCGCCGGUCUCGGGAGCAUCACACACCUCACUCCGCGCACAUAUCACAACCCUCGUCGGAUCCAAUAUAUAUGUCUUCGGGGGUUGUGACUCAAGGUCUUGCUUCAACGAAUUAUACGUCUUGGACGCAGAUGCGUUCUACUUCUCGUGUCCCUAUGUAUGCGGGGAGAUACCAGUACCAUUACGAGCUAUGACCUGUACAGCAGUUGGCAAGAAACUCAUAGUAUUUGGUGGUGGAGACGGGCCAGCAUAUUAUAACGACGUGUACGUCCUCGACACGGUCAAUUUCCGGUGGAGCAAACCGAAAAUAGCAGGAGACAGACAACCGAGCAAGAGGCGAGCACAUACUGCCUGUGUAUGGCGAAACGGGAUAUACGUCUUCGGAGGUGGAGAUGGUGUAAGGGCGCUAAACGACGUCUGGCGCCUAGACGUAGCAGACACAAACAAAAUGUCCUGGAAGCUGAUCUCACCACCCUCCUCCGCCUCCUCAGACGACAAAACGAAGCCCAAAGCAAGAGGCUAUCACACCGCGAACGUGGUCGGCUCGAAGCUCAUCAUUUUUGGUGGAUCAGACGGCGGAGAAUGUUUUAGAGACGUAUGGGUCUUCGAUCUAGAGACUUUAACCUUUUCACCCGUUAACAUCCCGGUUUCGUAUCCGAGGCUCAGCCAUACGGCUACGAUCGUGGGCAGCUAUCUUUUCGUUAUUGGAGGUCAUGAUGGGGUUGAAUAUAGCAAUGAGGUUCUGUUACUUAAUCUCGUUACUAUGGUUUGGGACAAGAGGAAGAUUUAUGGGAUGCCGCCGAAAGCAAGGGGCUAUCAUGGGACGGUGUUGCAUGAUAGUCGACUCAUCGUAGUAGGAGGGUUUGACGGAGUGGAAGUUUUUGGCGAUGUGCAGGUGCUGGAAUUGGCUGUUCAUGCUUAUUAUUCGCAGAUCAGCCAUUUCAGCAUCGAUGUUUGA